CACGCAAAGAAACGUGCGCUCGGCACCCAGCAGAACGGUGGUAGCGCGCCCUCGGGCGGCCAUGUGGGCUGGUGCACAAACACAAACGGAGCGCAGGCUAGUGACGUCAGUCCAGAGCGACUCCGCCGUCGCAGCCAGGCAGAGGUAGCUAGCUAGUUCGGCCCACACUCAACUAACAACAUGGUGAAGACGGGGAAAAUUCGUUCCGGAACGGCACAAAAAUUGAAGCGAUGGAAAAAGGGUCACAGCAGCGAUUCAAAUCCUGAGACGAGUCGCUUUCGACAAGCGGCCAAAAGUCGGUUCUUCAGUCGGCCCUCCGAGAAGAGUGGACUGACGGUGGAUGCUCUCGCGCUGCACAAUGACCUGCAGGGCGGCGCUGGCGAGCUGGGGGAGGGCGGAGAGGUGGGCAUGGCCAUGGGGGACGGGGACCAGGCGCUGUCGGUGCGCUCCGGCGCCACCUUUCUGAGCGGAUUGUCCGACUGCUCCAACCUCUCCUUCCGUAAGGUGCAGCGCUACUGGGAGUCCAACUCCGCCGCCCACAAAGAGAUCUGCGCCGUGUUGGCGGCGGUGACAGAAGUGAUCCGUGCUCAGGGCGGGAAGGAGACAGAGACGGAGUACUUUGCUGCGCUGAUGACUACUCUGGAGGCAGUGGAUUCCAGUGAGUCUCUUGCUGCAGUGGCCUACCUGCUCAACCUUGUCCUCAAGAGGGUUCCUGUCCCUGUUCUGAAGAACCGGUUCUCAGAUACGGCCAAAGCCUUCAUGGAUGUGAUGUCAUCACAAGCCAACAGUGACAACAGCUCUUCGCUACGCUGGGUCCUGUCGUGUCUGGCGCUGUUGCUAAAGAAACAGGACGUGGGUGUGUGGAGUUACCCGUCCACCCUUCAGGCCUAUCAUGGCCUCCUCAGUUUCACUGUACACUCCAAACCCAAGGUGCGUAAGGCAGCACAAGAGGGUGUGUGUUCCGUCCUGAGGGGGAGUGACUUCUUGUUUUUAGACAACAGUCCCGCCCACCACCCUGCUGCCACGACAACCGCCAAAUUCUGCUGUAAAGAGAUAGAGCAGGCUGGAGGCAGUAAAGAGGACACCACUACCCUGCAUGUCUUGGGUCUUCUGAAGGAUCUGCUACCCUCCUUUCCCCUCAGCUCUAUCAAAAGCUGCUGUGAGACUCUACUGCGCAUUAUGACCCUCAGCCAUGCGCUGGUCACUGCUGGAGCCAUGCAGGCCUUCCACAAACUCUUCAGCUCCCAAUCCAGCAGUUCUCUUCUGUCUGCAGAACUCAACGCACAGAUCAUCACUGCACUCUAUGACUUCCUACCCAGUGAGAAUGACCUGCAGCCUCUGCUGGCCUGGCUGGUGGUGAUGGAAAAGGCUCACACACACCUGUCCAGUCUGCAGAGCUCGCUGUGCCUGGCUCAUCUCCCGCGCUUCUUCUCCACCACCAUGACCUGUCUGCUGUCACCUCACACUAAGGUCGUCUCCACGGCAACACAUGCCAUGAAGACUCUCCUAGAUGAGUGUGUGUCGCCCCACAUGUCUGCGGUUGGGCCAGUUCUGCCUGGUGCUGCAUCAGGGAACCCGUCUCACAUCUGCAAGAUGUUCUGGUGUGUGGAGGAGGGGCUCUCCUACAGGUACCACGCGUCCUGGCCGUUUGUGUUGCAGGUUCUCGGCAGCUUCUACAGAGGAGCAGGAAAACAAGCUCACGCCAUCAUGGCCAAGAGCCUGCGGUCCCUGUGUGACCUGCGCUCCACUCCGCGGUUCCCGUUCGGUGGGGAGUUGGACCUGGCUGUAGGGAGUGCUGUGGAGAGCAUGGGCCCAGAAUUGGUGCUGAAAGCAGUGCCUCUACUCAUCACCGGCCACCAGGAUGACCUGGAGUUCCCUCGUAGCUGGCUGGUUCCUGUGAUCCGGGAUCACGUGAAAAACACACAACUGGCCUUCUUCUCCACCUACUUCCUGCCUCUGGCCAACACACUCAAACAGAGAGCGGAGGAGCUGGAUCAGGGGGGACAGAAGUUGGAGUCUAAAGUCUACCAGACUCUACAGCAGCAGAUCUGGACCAUGCUGCCAGGGUUCUGCCAGGGGCCCACUGAUGUGGUGGGAGGAUUCUCUGGCCUCGCCCGCACCCUGGGCACCACCCUCAACGAGCGCCCAGACCUCCGUCUGGCCGUCUGCCAGGCUCUACGCACACUCAUCAGGAGCGCAGCGACAGCUGAGGAGAAGGCGGAGCUUAAUCGCUUCUCCAAGAACUUCCUGCCCAUCCUGUUUAACGUGUUUACCCAGAAGCCCCAGGACUCCGAUAGCAGCCCCUACAGACCAGCUUUACUAGACACUAUCAGAGUCUACCUGACUGUCACUGAGCCUAAGAUGGUGUGUUCAUUCUUGCAGAAGGCUACAGAGAGGCUGAGUGAGGCUGAGAGUUGUGAAUUCACGAGGCUGGCAGUGAUGGACCUGGUGGUUGCCAUGGCACCCUGUGUGGAUGAGGCUACCAUGGCCCAGACCUACGAACUCAUCAAACCCUACCUGGAGAGUAAGGAGGCGGGCCUGCAGAAGAAGGCGUAUCGUGUGUUGGAGGAGAUGUGUGGAGGGGAGGGGGAGGCGAGUCGCUCCUUCGUUCUCAACAACCUGCAGCAACUACAGGGGGCGCUAGUGAGCAGCCUGAAGACCGCAGCCUCUCCAGCCAAAAGGCCAAGAUUAAAGUGUUUGAUCCACAUAGUGAAGCAGCUGAAGGAAGAACACAAAGAGUUCAUCAUCACCUUACUACCAGAGGUGAUUAUCUGUACUAAGGAGGUGUCUCUUGGUGCUCGUAAGAACGCUUUCACCCUCCUGAUCGAGAUGGGCAACGCCUUCACCCGUUUCUGCGGCAACCAGAAAGAUGCGCUGGAGGAGUUCCUGUGUGUCAUAUAUGUGGGACUCACUGGAACAGUGACCAUGAUGACCUGCACAGUACUAGCCCUCAGCAGACUUGUCUUCCACUACAGAGAUUCCAUAGAGUCCGCUACAUUGGAACAGCUCCUCCAUAACGUGUGUUUGCUGCUGACGUGUCGUACACGCCAAAUCCUGAAGGUCGCUCUCGGCUUCCUCAAGGUCAUCCUGUUUGUGCUGGACGUCAAGACCCUCGCUGGCCACCUCAGCGUCAUGAUGGAGGCGAUCGGGAACAUUAAAGAUGACAUGCGACGCCACUUUAGAGUCAACCUGAAGAGCAUCUUCACCAAACUCAUUCGCAAGUUUGGGUUUGAGCUGGUGAAGGACAUGUUGCCAGCGGAGCAUCAUAAAGUCUUGGCUAACAUCCGUAAGGUGGAAGCACAGUCUAAGAGAAAGAGAUUGGCUCAGAAGGACGUGGAGGAGGAGUCAGGCAGUGAGGCCGACGCCCCCAAACCCAAAUUCGACAGUAUUGAGGAUAUUCUGGCGGACAGCGACUCAGACCUGUCUGAUGGGGAGGGGCCUAAGAAGCCACAGAAGAAGGCAGUGAAGAAGAGGGGCGGGGCUUGGCUGAAGGAGGGGCUUAGCGAUGAGCCUCUUAACUUCCUGGAUCCACAGGCCUCCCAGAGGGUUCUGGCCACGAACCCUGAGGUGAAGACCCGUCAGGCGAAACACGAAUUCAAGGUGACGUCAGACGGUCGCAUCAUCAUCGAGGAGGAAGAAGACAAACAGAAAAAGAAGAAAGCUGCUGCUGAUGCGGACAUGGAUGAUAUUCUGGUGGAAGCUGGACUCAAAAGUAAGAAGAGCCAGAAGAGGAAAACAGAUGAUGACCUUGAUGAUGACAUGGAGAUGGAGUCACAGACCAAAUAUAAAGCGGGAGGUGCAGGCAUCCACCGGCCACUAGGGGGCAGACCGCAGUCUGGAGCAGAGUACAGAGCAAAGAAGGGGAAAGGGGACGUUAAGAAGAAGGGGAAAGUUGACCCCUACGCCUACAUCCCACUGAAGAAAGAUCAGCUGAACCGCAGGAAGAAGGCCAAACUUCAGGGCCAGUUUAAGGGUAUGGUGCGUGGGGCCCACAAGGGGGCGAUGGCUGCCAAGAGGAUGAGGAAGAACAAGAAAUGAGCAUGAGGGACUCUCUCAUCCUAACACACACACACACACUUUUCAUGGACACGUGACAAAAGGAUACAGUAAACUGACAGUUAUGAAGACCAAUCUAAAAACUCACAUACACACACACUUAUAUACACACACACACACACAAACACACAUACAUACGCACGGCCCUCUCUGACCGUGUGUGUUGACCCCACACCUUCCCUGCUUUGGGCUGUUUUCCGACAGGCAGUUGUGAGGUCAGCUGUCUCAUAGUUAGAGGAGCUCCUGCCUCUCCCCGGCCCCUCUGCAUUGGUGGCUCUGUGUGUGUCAUCCAUUCUCUGUCCACAUGGGGGCGCUCAAGCAAGCAGGAGGCAGGCAGCCCUGUGUAGACUGAGCUCAGUGCUACUGUUUAGUGUGAUGCUUUUCCUGAGAGCUGUGUGUGUGUUUUUAUCUACUCGUGAGACACACAUGAGAAAUCUGCAUUUGUGUUUAUGUACUCGUGAGAUGCACAUGAGAAUUACGCAUGUGUGCACUGAGGUGGAAAGUGUUCGUUUGCUGGACGCUGGUAAGUGAAGAAGCCAAGCUGACCUCUGACCUUUGGACUGACCUGCGUGGGGGCCAAUUUCUGGGCCUCAGUUGGCUGCCAUUGGAUAUGUCUGUGUUGUGUGUUUGCAGAGUUGGGCCACCAGAUGGCGAUAUAAAAACAGGAGAAAUGUGUGUUUAGAAUCUAAAUGCAGUGAAUUAUUAAGAGCCGAAUAAAAGCCUGUUAAACCACAA